GACUUCAGAUCAGAAGAUGAAUGAUUUUGUGGAGGAAGAGGAGGACAGAACAGCUCUGUCCUCCAAAGAUAAUCUUCUGAUCUUCAGUUCUGAACCUGGACCCUCAGACACAAAAGUUCAGUACAGACAGAGAGCAGAGUCUCCAGUACCCAGCUGUAUGUCUAUGAGGAGUGACCAGUCCAAAGAGGAUUUUCCGGACUUCAGUAAUGAACCUGGACCCUCAGACACAAAAGUUCAGUACAGACAGAGAGCAGAGUCUCCAGUAUCCAGCUGUCUGUCUAUGAAGAGUGACCGGUCCAAAGCUAUACCUCCAUUUUUCAGUAAUGAAUCUGGACCAUCAGACACAAAAGAGAAGAAGAUGAGUCAUGCUUCUGUGGAGGAGCUGAUGUCCAGAACAAGUCCUGGACCUCAGACAGCCAGUCAGGGAGGUAGAAACAGCCACACAGAUAGUGUUCUGCAGGAGGUUUUAGAUGAACAUAAGAUCAGUCUGAGGAGGAGAUGUGAAUGUGUGACUGAAGGAACUGAUGAAACAGGAAGUGGAACCCUCCUCAACAGGAUCUACACUGAGCUCUACAUCACAGAGGGACAGAGUGAAGAGGUUAAUACCCAACAUGAGGUGAGGCAGCUUGAGAGAGCUUCCAAGAAGAACGACCUCCAUGACGCUCCAAUCAAGUGCCAGGACAUCUUUAAAGCCUUACCUGACCAACAGGGACACAUCAGAGUCGUUCUGACGAACGGCGUCGCUGGCGUUGGAAAAACCUUCUCAGUGCAGAAGUUCACUCUGGACUGGGCAGAGGGCUUGGAAAACCAAGAUGUCAGUCUGGUGGUUCUGCUUUCGUUCAGGGAGCUGAACUUGAUCAGAGAUGAGCAGUACAGUCUUCUCAUGCUGCUCCAUGUUUUCCAUCCAACAUUACAGAAGGUCACAGCAGAGAAGCUCGCUGUCUGUAAAGUUCUGUUCAUCUUUGACGGCCUGGAUGAAAGCAGACUUUCACUGGAUUUCCACAACAACAAGGUUGUAUCUGAUGUCACCCAGAAGUCAUCAGUCAACGUGCUGUUGACAAACCUCAUUGUGGGGAAUCUGCUUCCCUCAGCUCUCGUCUGGAUAACUUCUCGACCUGCAGCAGCCAAUCACAUCCCUCCUGCAUGUGUUGACAGGGUAACAGAAGUACGAGGCUUCACUGACGCCCAGAAGGAGGAGUACUUCAGGAGGAGAGUCAGUGAUGAAGAGCUGUCCAGCAGAAUCAUCUCACACAUCAAGACAUCCAGGAGCCUCCACAUCAUGUGUCUAAUCCCAGUCUUCUGCUGGAUCACUGCUACAGUUCUGGACCACAUGUUGACUACAGACCAAAGAGGAGAGCUGCCCAAGACCCUGACUGACAUGUAUUCACACUUCCUGGUGGUUCAGACAAAGAAGAAGAAUCAGAAGUAUGGUAAGGGACAUGAGACGAGUCCACAAGAGCUGACGAAGGCUGACAGGGAAAUUCUUCUGAAGCUGGGGAGGCUGGCGUUUGAACAACUGGAGAAAGGAAACAUCAUGUUCUACCAAGAAGACCUGGAGCGGUGUGGUCUUGAUGUCACAGAGGCCUCGGUGUACUCAGGAGUUUGUACAGAGAUCUUCAAAAGAGAGUGUGUGAUCUUCCAGAAAGCAGUCUACUGCUUUGUUCAUCUGAGCAUUCAGGAAUUUCUGGCUGCAGUCUACAUGUUCCACUGUUACACAAACAGCAAAACAGAGGUUCUGGUGGACUUCCUGGGAGAAGACUACAAGCACAGAGAAUCAAACCCAUUUGGCCCAUCUCUGGAUGUCUUCCGAGCCAUGGAGAAAUCCCUUGAAAGUAAAAAUGGUCACCUGGACCUGUUUGUUCGCUUCCUUCAUGGCCUCUCUCUGGAGUCCAACCAGAGUCUCUUAGGAGGCCUGCUAGGUCAGACAAAGAGCAGUUCAGGAAGCGUCCAAAGAGCCAUUAACAACCUGAAGAAGAUGAACAGAGAUAAUAUCUCUCCUGACAGAAGCAUCAACAUCUUCCACUGUCUGACGGAGAUGAAGGACCACUCGGCACAUCAGGAGAUCCAAGAGUUCCUGAAGUCAGAGAACAGAUCAGAGAAGGAACUCUCAGAGAUCCACUGCUCAGCUCUGGCCUACAUGCUGCAGAUGUCAGAGGAGGUUCUGGAUGAGUUGGACCUGGGCAAGUACAACACAACAGAGGAGGGACGACUGAGACUGAUUCCGGCUGUGAGGAACUGCAGAAAGGCUCUAUUGAAGGACUGCAGUUUGUCAGAGAUCAGCUGUGCUUCUCUGGUCUCAGCUCUGAAGUCCAACCCCUCCCACCUGAGAGAGCUGAAUCUGAGUAACAACAGACUGAAGGAUUCAGGAGUGAAACUAUUGUGUGGUUUUCUGAAGGGUCCACACUGUAGACUGAAAACUCUGAGAUUGAUGAGCUGCAGUUUGUCAGAGAUCAGCUGUGCUUCUCUGGCCUCAGCUCUGAAGUCCAAUCCCUCCCAUCUGAGAGAGCUGAAGCUGAGUAACAACAACCUGCAGGAUUCAGGAGUGAAAUUGAUGUGUGGUUUUCUGGAGAGUCCACACUGUAGACUGGAGACUGAGGGAUUGAGUGUCUGCAGUUUGUCAGAGAUCAGCUGUGCUCCUCUGGCCUCAGCUCUGAAGUCCAACCCCUCCCAUCUAAGACAGCUGGAUCUGGAUGGAAACAAGCUGCAGGAUUCAGCUGUGAAGCUGCUGUCUGGUUUUCUGGAGAGUCCACACUGUAGACUGGAGACUCUGAGAUUGAAUCACUGCAGUUUGUCAGAGAUCAGCUGUGCUUCUCUGGCCUCAGCUCUGAAGUCCAACCCCUCCCAUCUGAGAGAGCUGGAGCUGAGUAACAACAACCUGCAGGAUUCAGGAGUGGAGCUAUUGUGUGGUUUUCUGGAGAGUCCACACUGUAGACUGGAGACUCUGAGAUUGAGUGUCUGCUGGUUGUCAGAGAUCAGCUGUGAUUCUCUGGCCUCAGCCCUGGAGUCCAACCCCUCCCAUCUGAGAGAGCUGGAUCUGGAUGGAAACGAGCUGCAGGAUUCAGAUGUGGAGCUGCUGUCUGAUCUUGUGCAUAGUUGACAGUGUAGACUGGAGACUCUGAGCUGGCAGUGAUCUCUGUCAGAGUGAGUGAUCAGAAAAGUGGAUGUGUUGAGAGGAUCAGCCGUGUCCUGAUGAUCCACAGAGGUUCACCACCUGGACCUGGAUUUAAUUUUGUCUUUUUUUUUUUAUUCUUUCAUAUAUUCUGAACCCAAAAUGCCUCUGCAGAAUAGUUCAGUUUAUGACAACAUAACUGUAGAUUAACACAUUUAAAUAGAUCUUUCUGCUUUUCUUUCUGUUGCAGCUCCACCUUGUGGAACGAUGGAGUUUUGCUGUUUAUUUCCACAUAUUUCUAAAUAACAGUCGACAUUUAUAAAGUUACCUUAUUAAAACCGAGCCCUCAGGAAGAGCGCAGGGCUUUGAUGCCCAUUUUUUCGUAGUGGCCAAACGGCGGUACUACAACUUCCGUGUCCGUUUCGUGAUGCUAUUGGGCCCAAAAAGACUUUUUCCCAU